CAUGCAGUAUCAGUUAAAAUAAUCGAUAGACUAAAAGAAGAAAUGGCAAACCGAUUGGUAUCUCUUAAAAUCGAUUCGGCAUCGAAACACAAUCGGCAUAUUCUUGGUAUCAACGCUCAAUACCAAAUGGCAGACCAGGUAGUUAUUCGAACCUUGUGUAAGUACCAAUAAAAAUGUACUUGAAACCGAAAUUUAAUCGCAUUUUCUUGUUAGGUAUGGUUGAGGUACGCGAGAGCCAAACAGCGAAGUUUCUGAAAAGGAAAGUUCUCGACGUUCUUAGCCGAUAUGACGUGUCGAUUGACCAGAUUUUUUCCAUUACCUCCGACAACGGUGCAAACAUGCUAUCUGCUGCAAAACAACUUCAGGAACAUUUCACGUAUACGAUACAAUCCAAUGGUAACAUGCAGUCGGACGGAAUGGAAGACGACUCUAGGCGAGAUGAUCUAGUAGAGGCUUUAACGACGGAACUCAGUACACAUUUCAAUAUCGUUCGAUGUGCUGCUCACACGUUACAGCUAGCGUUAAAUGAUGUUGUCAGAAACACAGACCCUAACGUGAAAUGCAUCACUGACUUCGUAAAAAGUGUAAAAAAGAUCAAAUACAAAAGUUCCUUCGACGUCAACAAAGCAUCGUAUCCUCCGUUGUGGUCACCCACCAGAUGGAGUGGUAAAUACGUUAUGAUAAGGAGCAUCAUUCAGCAGGAAUCAUUCUUCACUAGUCUAGUCGAGCAAUUUCCUGAACUUUCCCUGAAUGAAGAAGAUUGGGAGUACAUGAAAGAGUAUGAAGCUGCCUUUAAACCGUUGUACGUUACUACUAAACUUAUGCAGCUCAACCAUCAAACAUUUUCGGAUUUUUACUUGCAAUGGCUAUUAGCUAUCAAGGACAUCAAAACACUCGCGAAUAACAGAUUUUCUGAACCGUUACUGGAAUCCCUGAAUCGACGUAUUGCCGUUUUGAAAGAAAAUAUGGCCUUCAAAUCAGCUCUCUACUUAGACCCCCGGUUUAAUUUUCUACACUCAACAGUCUUUACACCAGACGAAAACAAUAACGUGCAGGUAAAUACUAAUCGUUCUAAUAGAAACAACGUGUUCAAAUAUAUAUAA